AUGGGUGGAUUGAUGGGGGGGGUGGAAGUGGGGGGGGGUGGGUUAUGGGUUGGAUUAUGUGUGUUGUUAUUUGGGGUUUGGUGUUGGUUGGAGUUUUUUUGGUUAUUAUUUUUUGUUUUGUUGGGUUGGUUUUGGGUUGUUUUGUUUGGGGAUUGGGUUGGGUAUGGGGGGUGUUGGGUUUUUGUUAAGGAUUUUAGGGUUAUUGUUGUAUUGGUGGUGGGUUGGAGAUGUUUUUUUUUUUUUUUUGUUUGGGGGUUUUUAUUUGGUUUGUGGGUGGGGGGUGGUUGUGUUGGUGUUGGUUUGUGGGGGUGGGGUGGUUUGGGGGUUUUUGGGGGGUGGGUGUGUGGGGGUUUGGUGGUGGUGGGUAUGUUUGGGGGGGGUGUGGUGGGUUUUGGUGGGUGGGUGGGUGUGGGUUUGGGUUUGUGUUUGUUGGGGUUGUGGUUUGGUUUGGGGGGGGUGUUGUGGGGGGGGUGUGUUUUGUUGUGUUUUGUGGUAGUGGUUUUGUGUGGGGGUGUGUGUUAUUAUUUUUAUGUUGGUUGUUUGUUGUUGGGGGUGUUGGGUUGGGGGGGGGGGGGUGGGGGUGUGAGGGGUUUUGUAUUAGGGGGGGUAUUUAUUAAAGUGAGGAAUGGGUGGGUAUUUUGUGAAGGGGGGGGGGGGGGGGGAGGGGGUGGGGGUUGGUUUUGUUGUUGGGGAAGGAGGGGUUGGGGGGGUUGGGUGGGGGUUGGGGGGUUUGUUUUAGUGGUUGGAUAUGGUAAAGUUGGAUUAUGGGUAGUGGGGUUGGGAUGUUGGAGUAGGGGGGGGGUUGGGGUUGGUUGUUUAUUUGUUUGGGGUGUUGAUUGGGGUGGGGGUUGGGUUUUGAUAUUUUUUUUAUGUUUUUUGGGGGUAGUUUGGUGGGUGUGUGUGGGGUUUGGGGGAGGUGAUGGGUUUUUGGGGUUGUGUGGGGUGGGGGUUGUUUUGUGGGGUGGGGGUUGUUUUGUUGGGGGUUGGGGGGGGGGGGUGGGGGUGGUGUGUAUGGUUAUUUUGGGGGGUAUUUAUUGA